AUGGCUAAUCAAUACAUUUAUACAAAUUACCAACAGUAUUCACCUAAUUUGGUGCAUGCUACCGCAAUAAACAAUACGAGCCCUUCGGCAAAUAUCACCUAUAUUUCGCCUCCCGGUUCUUCAAAUAAUAGUUUAUCCAGCUCACUUACAAGUUCUGGCACACAACCUAGCAGUGCUAGUUCGAUGCUCAGCAAUACCCUUGGUGGUUCAAGCAUUGGCAGCUCUGGUUUGGCAGCCAGUAUUGGUUCAGGAGUUGGAUCAAGUUAUUCAUUCCAUACUCCUAGAUUAAGAUACUAUUUAUCAAAAUCAUUUGAUAUCGAAGAUGAUUUAGAAUUCUGCCCAGAUAUUCCUGAGACAUUCCAUACUAGUCCAACAAUGAAGAAGUUUAAUCCAUAUACUGCAACUACAUUUUCUCCAUCACAAGAUUUACCAUCCUCAAGUACAACACCAGGUGUACCUAGUAAUACUUCACCCAGAAUUCAUACUCCUAGAAUUAAGAAACCUUUGGAAAUCAUUAAUCCUCAAACCAAAAUGAGGAUUGGAUCUCCUGCAAUUCAGAACAAAUAA